AUGCCUCCUUGUCUGAGUAGUUUUGCUGCUUCCUGGGAGCAGCUUAGAGCUAGUCCAGAGAUAAUUAAACUUGUUAAAUACGGACAUGAAAUUAAGUUUGACAUCAAACCUUGUUUAACUCGACCUAAGUUUGAAUAUGCUACAAUAUUGUCUCCUGACAAGAUGGAUGUAGUUCGCAAUGAAAUUUCUAGUCUUCUUUCUAAGAAUGCAAUCAAGAUAGUCCCUGAGCAUAUUGCUAAUAAGAAACUGGAAACUCCACCCAGCCAUAAUCAGGAAAGUGUUCCAGCGUCUGGGUACUCCAGAUAUAGACCUAUUUGCAACAUGCAACUCAGCUCAAGUUCCAGCAUACUACACCUGGAACCUAGGGGACCAGUAUGCACGUGGAGUGGAUGCCCUAGCUCCGGAUUUAAACUGGAGUCAGUACAGCCUUCCAUAUGCGUUCCCUCCAUUCAGUCUGAUUUCUUUGGUUCUUCAGAAAGUAAGCGAACAGAAAGUUCCUCGGUUGAUUCUGAUAUGUCCGUUUUGGCCAUCAAAAACCUUUUUCACAACUUUGAACAAUCUUGCUAUAGUUAUGUAUCGUCUUCCCUUCCGGAAUUCUUUGGUGACAGACCUACAAACGGGCCUACCUCCUCCAAACCUAAAGAAAAUGAGACUAGUCGUGUCUCUCAUUUCUGGAAGUCCUAUGACAAGUCCGGGGGGGGGAGCUCUAACAUCAACCCUGAAGCACGGGCUAUUGUGGAGUCCUCCUGGAGGCCAGGAACGGAGAGAGAGUACGUCUAUCAGUGGAGGAAAUGGCACAGCUACUGUAGAAAUCACGCCAUACGACCUCUUACCCCUGCUAUAGAAGAUGUGGUUAAUUUUUUAACAUUUCUUUUUAAACAAGGUUUACAAUAUAGUACUAUUAAUACUGCAAGAUCCGCUUUAUCUAGUACCUUGCCUCCUGUUGGCGGUUUACCGGUUGGACAACAUUAUUUAGUUUGUAGACUUAUGAGGGGGAUUUUUGUUAAAAAACCUAAGAUUGUGGCCCUGUUCCCUGAUUGGUCAAUUGGUAUAGUAUUGGAAACCAUCAAGUCCUGGGGUCCUAACCAUUCGCUAGACCUGAAACUUUUGUCAUACAAGACUGUAUUUCUACUGGCUUUAUGCUGCGCGAAGCGUCCUAGUUCGAUCUCUCUAUUCUCUGUUGAUCCUGCCGCAUUUCAAUGCAAUGAUGAUUUCUUAAGAUUAGUCCCAGUGGGCUUGGAAAAACAUACAAGACCUGGUUAUUCACAGAAACCUGUCAUUAUUCAUUCUUUUACAGAGAACUUGCUCCUUGAUCCAGUUAAAACUAUACAGAGUUAUGUUCGCCGUACUCAGUCUAUCAGACAAUCCAACUCUCUAUUUGUCAAACUCACCUCUCCUCAUGACAAAGUAGCUACAGUUACUAUAUCUAGAUGGAUAAGCUCAGUUAUCAGGCUGAGUGGUCAGGCUGGUUCUGGUGGUUCGACUAGAUCUACCUCAUCUUCAGCCGCCUUCUUGAAAGGAAUGUCUUUAGAUGCUGUAUUGGAAGCUGGUAAUUGGUCCAGAGCUUCUACGUUUCAGAGAUUUUAUUUUAAACCAUGUAAUGAGUCUACUCUCUCUGAUAUUGUUCUAAACUCCUAAUAUACAAAUAUAUAUAUGAAUGAAUUUUUAUGUUAUUUAAUAAACGUUUGUUUGAGACCAUAAUUAGUAUUUUAACCAUUUGGUCGCUCUACAGUCUCAUUGUGUUUGUGGCUGGUAGGUAUGCUAUAAAAUUGAUAUUUUGAUUCGUGAAAAUAUAAUUUUAUUAAUACCUACCAGCCACAAACUUUUAUUUCCCACCUUUCCUCCCCUAUCUCCUCCAUAGCGACCAGCAUGGUUCGCAGGGACAUCAAUACACGGUGCAAGGAGUACAUGUGGUACAUGGGAGAGGUUGGGUGAUAGUGGUACAAACGUCAUAUCUGGCAGUACAGGGUUAUAUAUAUUCGUUUAUUUUUUGGAAAGUAUAAGAUACAGUUUGAGGGUUGUGAGAGGGAUCUCUCAUUGUGUUUGUGGCUGGUAGGUAUUAAUAAAAUUAUAUUUUCACGAAUCAAAAUAUCAAUUUUUCUGAACCAGGGGAGCUCGUGUGAAAACAGCAUGAGCUAUCUUGUAGCUCCCCGGCGACAAAAUAUAUAUAUGUAAUUGUAUAGUCAUUUUUAUUAAUAUGAAUAUUGUUAACUUGUGGCCUAAUAAAUGAUUUGAU